AUGUCAAAGGUUUGGUGCAUUUUCUUCCUUGGUGGCUGGCUGGUGUGGUUGGGAGGAGCUGCUGACCCAGGAGCCAUCAUCAGGAUUGAUCUUGGAACGAUUGACCAUGCGAUCUCCACUGCUCUGAACGAGAGUGAUGUUCUGCAGAAAAUGGCAGAGGAAGCCACAAAAAAAAAGCCCAACGCCAAACCCAUCAAAGGCAUCUCGGGCCUAAAAGUGAAAGAUCUCCGUCCCCCGGUGAUAUCACUGGCGCUCCGGCCGGGCUCGGGGCUCUUCAUGGCUGUGUUGAUACAAAUGACCAUCGCUGGGAAAAGGUGAGUGGGAGCCGGUGCUGGGGCUGGGGGGGGCUUGCUCCCACCCCGGGGUCAGCCCUGCACUGAUCCAGCUCUGCUCCCACCCUGGGGCGGCAGGAGCUGCCACGUCGCCCUCGUCAGCGUUAAAACCAACCUCCCCAGCAGCAUGCUGCCCAAGGUCAUGAGCAAGUUUCUGGACAGCACACUUCAGAAAGUGCUGCCAGGGCUGCUGUGUCCAGCCGUGGAUGUGGUGUUCAACCUCGUGAAUGCAAAAUUCACCACCAUGACUUCCGAGAUGCCGCUUGGGUCUGCUGGGACCCUCCAAUACACUUUGCUGAACCCCCCACUGAUGAAUGAAACCUUCAUAGAGCUGGAUCUGAAGACCAUUCUCCAUCAAAAGGAGGGAAAGGAGGUUGACCUUCCCACAGAUCAGCCAUCUCUUGUGUCUCUGCCACCAAAGAGGGAUGCUGUUACCCAGCUCAUCCUGUCUGAAAACUUCUUGAGUGCUGAGCUCUCUGUUCUGCAGGCGUCCUUCAACCUGGAGAUCAGCAAUGACACGGUUCUUGAGCUUCCCCCAUUGGAGACCACGAUGCUUGGAGCCCUCAUCCCUGAGAUUUCCAGGGUGCUGCCUCCAUCACAGCCCCUGGUGAUUGAAAUGCGAGAGGCGAAAGCACCAGUGGUGACCAUAACCCCGGAGAAAAGCUUUGUGCAGCUCUUCAGCACCGCCGAGUUUUGGGUUUCCUCUUCAGACUCUGCUCUGGAGUCCCUCUUCGUCCUGGAUGUUGACAGCAAGCUGGAGGUGCAGUUUGCCAUUGCAGAAGAAAAGCUGCAGCUCUCCCUCACUCUGCAAAGUCUGUCUCGGGUGGCCUUGGCUUCCUCCUCCCUCGGGACGUUUGACGAGCUUCCGCUGAAAGGACUUUUGGCAGAUGUUACUCGUGUGGCUUAUGUGCCAUCGAUCAACAGGGUGCUGCGCUGGGGGAUCCCCCUGCCCGACCUGCUGGGCAUCACCUACAGGCGGGCAGCGCUCGGCGGGUUGUAG